CCAGUUUUAACUUUAAACCAGAUGCGACGGCCAUUAAACUACGUUUAUUUGCUUCGGUUUCUCCGUCUUUCUUGGAGACAAAAUGGUGACCCAACUUCCACCUAUCUGUUCCUUCAAAUUUACAUGCAUCCAUUCAUUCAUUUAGCCAUGACUGAAAAACCCUAACCACUUUCUGCUUUCCCAACUCGCAUUCCCUCUUCCUCGUAGGAUCUGCAAUGGCAGCUCUUCGACCCUCCACUGCUCCUCAGCCUCAAGACUGCUCCGCUGUGACCUUUCUUCGACCCAGGAAUUCUUUCCUGGGUCUUUCUAGAACUUCACUGGGGAUUACCAGAAUCUAUGGUUCCCGAGAAAAGUUGGGGAAAUUUGAGGAGGCCCAUCUGAGAUCCUUGGGUUCAAACAAGAGUGAUCCAACUUUGAGAGUAGAGGCUUCCAGGGAUUCUGCGGGAUUGGCCCAAGAAAUUACAAACAACAACAAACUAGGUGUAAAUAAAAUUGAGCAGGGGUUAGAUCUGUUUGGGGAGAUGAAAAAUAGGUUUUUGAGUUUUAAAAGGCACAAAUACCUGGAGAACUCAGAACAUUUUGAGAAGCUUUCAAAAGCUCAAGCACCAAAGUUCAUGGUGAUUGCCUGUGCAGACUCUAGGGUAUGCCCUUCUACCAUCCUGGGAUUUCAACCUGGAGAUGCCUUUAUGAUACGGAAUGUGGCAAAUCUGGUACCUCCUGUUGAGAGACCCUCAGAAACUAAUGCUGCCCUUGAAUUUGCCGUAAAUACUCUUGAAGUCGAAAAUAUAUUUGUCAUUGGCCACAGCUGUUGUGGAGGUAUUCAAGCCCUUAUGAGUAUGCCAGAUGAAAUAGACAGAAGUAGCUUUAUUAGAAACUGGGUUGUGGUUGGGAAGAAGGCGAGGUUAAGCACAAAAGCUGUUGCUGCCAACCUCAGCUUUGAUCAGCAAUGCAGACACUGUGAGAAGGAAUCAAUCAACCAAUCAAUACUGAACUUGCUAACUUACCCCUGGAUUGAAGAAAGAGUGGGUAAAGGAGUACUCUCUAUUCAUGGUGGUUACUAUGACUUCACCAAGUGUACAUUUGAGAAAUGGACACUCGAUUACAAAAGAAGUAAUGUAGAUAAGGAAGGUAGAAGAGUCUCCAUCAAAGACCAAGCAUUUUGGUGCUGAUAAAACAUUUUCAUCCAUAGCUUCAACAACAUCUACUUGGUUUCAUUAUCCAGAAUUAGGUACAAUACAAUGGUUGCGACCCAGUGCUACCCUGUUGAAUUAAGAUUUGCAUUUGGAAUUGUAAGACAAAACCUAAAGUUAAAUUAAGGGACUUAUCUUGUAAAUUUUCUUACCUAGUGCUUGUACUUCUUUUACUUUGUAUUUGUGUGGUCUGUGGAGUGGUGUAAUAAAAGCAUCUAUCUGUCUCAUUAGUUUGAACAACUUUCUACAAAGUUACUGAC